AUCGUAAAGCGUAAAAUUUAUUUCUUUAUUUUCCCGUUCCUAAAACCAUUCGGCUUGUAUUUUUCAUAUGCAGUGAUUUUAAAAAUACAUAAUAUUGUACCUUCACUUAUAGUAGAAUUUGUUACUAUAAUCACUAUCUUAGAAAAGUUGCAGAUAUGGUUGGCAAAACCAAUAAGCUGUAUGUCUUGAAAAGGGGAGGGAGAAUGGAGGAGGUCCAUAUUGACAAAAUAACAUCACGAAUAAAGAAGCUUUGUUAUGGAUUAAACAUGGACUUUGUGGAUCCUGUCUCUAUAACUUUGAAAGUUAUAAGUGGAAUUUACUCAGGUGUAACGACUGUGGAAUUAGAUAAUUUAGCGGCAGAAACAGCAGCAACAAUGACAACCGAUCACCCCGACUACGCAGUAUUGGCCGCACGAUUAGCUAUAUCUAAUUUACAUAAAGAAACUAAAAAACAUUUCUCAGAGGUUAUGACCAAUUUAUACAAUAUCGUCAAUCCACAUACCAAGAAAAGGGCUCCCAUGAUUUCGGAUACUCAUUAUAAUAUAAUAAUGAAGAACAAAGAAAGAUUAGACUCUGCUAUUGUGUACGAUAGAGAUUUCAAAUACAAUUACUUUGGUUUUAAAACUCUAGAAAGGUCAUAUUUAUUGAAAAUUAAUAACAAGGUUGCCGAACGUCCACAGCAUAUGUUAAUGCGAGUUUCAAUCGGUAUUCAUGGAGAAGAUAUAGAUGCUGCAAUAAAUACUUACAAUUUGCUAUCCGAAAAAUAUUUUACACAUGCCAGUCCUACCCUGUUUUCAGCAGCUACACCGCGACCUCAGUUGUCGUCUUGUUUUCUCGUAGCUAUGAAGGAUGAUAGCAUUGAAGGCAUAUACGAUACUUUGAAACAGUGUGCGCUGAUAUCUAAAUCUGCCGGUGGAAUCGGCGUUCACGUUCAUUGUAUUAGAGCUAAAGGAUCUUAUAUUGCUGGCACCAAUGGGGUUUCAAAUGGAAUAGUGCCUAUGCUUAGGGUUUACAAUAACACUGCAAGAUAUGUAGACCAAGGUGGAAACAAACGUCCCGGAGCAUUUGCAGUGUAUUUGGAACCUUGGCAUGCAGACAUUUUUGAAUUUCUGGACCUCAAAAAGAACACCGGCAAAGAAGAAGUACGUGCUCGGGAAUUAUUUUAUGCUUUGUGGAUACCAGAUCUUUUUAUGAAGAGAGUAGAGAAAAAUGAAGACUGGAGUCUAAUGUGUCCUCAUGAUUGUCCUGGAUUGGCAGAUUGUUGGGGAGAUGAAUUCGAAAAAUUAUAUGAACAAUACGAAAGUGAAAAACGUUUCGUGAAACAAGUAAGAGCUCAAAUUUUGUGGAAAGCCAUUAUCGAAGCACAAGUGGAAACAGGUACACCCUACAUGUUAUACAAAGACGCUUGCAAUAGUAAAAGUAAUCAAAAGAAUUUGGGUACAAUUAAAUGCAGUAAUUUAUGCACAGAAAUUGUGGAAUAUACGUCAGCGGAUGAAGUAGCCGUAUGUAAUUUGGCGUCUAUUGCUUUAAAUAUGUUUAUUAAUGAAGAUAAAACGUACAAUUUCGAUAAAUUAAAAGAAGUAACCAAAAUCAUUACACAAAAUUUAAACAAAAUCAUUGAUGUUAACUUCUACCCAAUUCCCGAGGCAAGAAAAUCGAAUAUGAGGCAUCGACCUAUUGGGAUUGGUGUUCAAGGGCUAGCAGACACUUUUGUUAUGAUGCGUAUUGCAUACGAAAGUGAAGCAGCCAUAAAAUUAAAUCAACAAAUAUUUGAAACUAUUUAUUAUGGCGCACUAGAAGCUAGUUGCGAGCUAGCGGAAAAGUAUGGGGUUUAUGAAACAUAUGACGGAUGUCCAGCUAGCCAAGGUAUAUUACAAUAUGAUAUGUGGAACAAAACCCCUACUGAUCUUUGGGAUUGGAGUGCAUUAAAAAGUAAAAUCGCUAAACAUGGUUUGAGGAAUUCUUUAUUGUUAGCGCCUAUGCCAACAGCAUCUACGGCUCAAAUUCUCGGUAAUAAUGAAUCGUUCGAACCAUUCACAUCAAAUAUAUAUCAAAGAAGGGUAUUAUCAGGUGAAUUUCAAGUUGUAAACCAUCAUUUACUUCGUGACUUAACAGAGGCAGAUUUGUGGGAUGAUGAUAUGAAAAAUCUUAUAAUACAUAACAAUGGAUCAAUUCAAAAUAUAGAUGCAAUUCCAAAAGAAAUUAGAGAUUUAUAUAAGACAGUUUGGGAAGUGUCGGUAAAAACGACGAUUCAAAUGGCUGCUGACAGAGGUGCUUUUAUUGACCAAAGUCAGUCUUUCAACAUUCAUGUUGCUGAACCAAAUUAUGGUAAAUUAACAUCGAUUCAUUUUUAUGCCUGGAAAAUGGGACUCAAAACAGGCAUGUACUAUUUACGAACUAAGCCAGCUGCUAAUGCUAUACAGUUUACAGUCGACAAAUCGAAAGUAAAAGGCAAAAUAACCAAUGGCAAUUCUGACACUGAUGAUACAAACAUGGCAGCAAUAACUUGUUCUUUACAAAAUAAGGAUGCUUGUUUCAGCUGUGGAUCAUAAAGUAAUAAUUUAUUUAUAAUAACGUAACCGGACAGACUUCAUUUUUUUUUAAUUAAUUUUAUAUGGUAAUCAAAAUGAUGGGAUUAAAUCAUGGAUCUCGAGCUUAUCAUCUUACUGUCUACACUUCACCUUAAUGUCCAGACGAUGUUUCAAAAGAUGUGAUAUAUUUUACAUAGACAAAGGUACUUUCUAUCUGAAUGAUAAAAAAACUUAACUAGGUAGUUACUUUAAUUUUGAAUCGACAACUCAUUUAAUUAGGAAUAUCAAUAACAAAAAUGAAAUCGAUUAAGCUAACUUAAAUUUUACUAGAUUUAAGAUAAUUUACAGUUUCGGUCACUCUGCAUUGGCGACGCAGCGCAUGAGUUUAAAUCAGUAGAUAAUUAUGCCAUGAUGUACCUUGUGCGGUCUCACUUAGUCGUAGACGUCGGCUACGUUCUGACGGUGUUGCGAAUAUGUAUGAUCCUGAUCGUAUUUGCCGUGGGCGAUCUUAUAAGUAUUUUCUUUCUUAACAGCAGAUGAAAAAUUCUAUAAAUUUUGACCGCAUACGGCUCUUAAGAUGCUGGAAAUGAUUUUUUUUCUUGUAAUAUCAAAGUGCGGUCAUGGAAACUUGUACUAAAAUGAUUAAUAAGUUUUAUAGUAUCAUCAUUGCGCAGUGUCAUCAGUGUAUAGUAACGUUUACGCUUAAUAUGUAAGGAUUCUAUCACAAUUUGAAAUCCAGUGUAUAGAUGUUUAAGCCAAAAUAUUCAAUUUAUUUUAGCUAGCAAGUACAAAAUGUUGCAGUUAUUUGAUUAUUUCAGUAUAUGGCGCGCCCUAAAGUUUCAUAUUUGUGAAUUGUACUUUUCUCUAGAAUAGGGUAUUCUACACUAUUUGGAAUAAUUCUUGUAACUGUCUAUUUUUAUAUAAAAAGCCGUAAAACAAAUAUCUCGAAAAUAAAUACGUAUUUGAUUUUUAAGGCUUCUUGCCUUAAAAUUAAAUCAAAAUUUAAACUUUUUAUACCCGCGAAAACGCUGUCCGUCAUAUUCAUGACGUCAUUCUGACAUGUACACAGAACAGAUGCAUAGAGAAGAAGAUUAAAAGCUGUCAACAAUAUAAGAACAUUGUCAUCUAACGAUUGAUUACGAAAUAAAAAGAUAUAAAUAAGCUAAGAACAGCGCCAUCUAGGAAUUUGAUUUAUAACUAAUAGGCUUAUCUUUAUGACUAAUCUGUCGCCACAGUGACGUCACAAAAUGGCGGAUCGUGUUUCAAGUCUUUUGACACACAGACAAAAAAUCGCACUUAAUUUUAAGAUAAUCGUGCUAUUUUAAGACUUGAAAUCAGAAUCUCUGUGUUUAUUCUGAUGUAAUUUUUUGUUUUUUGAGCAUUUUCGUGACUUAUUCACUACCGAAACUACCCUAUUAUGAAAUAAAUACCUACUUGUAUUGUACUACAUAUCAUAAAUCACACUUUAAAAUAGUCGUUAGAUAAAUUUAACUUGGAGCACGAUUAGAAAAAAACUUGGAAUCAAUCUGUUAAGUUAAUGAAGCGAAAAUGUAAUAAAUUAACACGGCGAUUCUUUGGUCUCACCCUAUAUUACGGGCUUCCCUUGCUUCCGACCAUGGUGUCCGCCAUUUGUCAUACUUAGAAAAAAUAUAUGUAGGGCAAACCACAAAAUAAGCCAUACAACCGACCACAGAACAAUUUCUUGACGAGCAAAAAUUAAGUACCUCUUAACCAAGUCUCGAAGCUACUUACUCGCCGAGCUAGUUUUAACAUGGAAAAAUGUGUUUCAUAUGAAUACUCAAUCAGCACGUCAGCUUUUGGUUAUUCUUAAAAAAUCGCAAAUAAAUUAUUAUUUUACGUAUUGGAAGUAGAGUUUAAAAAAUAUAAUGAUACCCAUUUUAUAGUAUCCUAAUAUGCUGCUGUGUCAGUUUACUCUUAUAUAUAAUAGUACUUAGUUCUCGUCCGACUACGACUGCUUUCAGAGGACGAGAGUUGCCGUUUAUUACAAACAUGUUUUAAUUAUGGUAUUGUAUUUUAUAUGAUUAUUAUUUCGAACUAAGCAUCGCAAGACUAAUAUAAGAUUAAGUAAAAAAAAAUGACUAAUUCAUAAUUGCCUAAUUUUGUACUUUAGUUUUUUUUAUUAAUAAAUAAGUACUUAGU